ACCUUUGCGCCAAGAACGUGAGUUCCGAACUCCUUCGAUGGCUGGCCAGAACUUCGUCUCCUGCCGUUUGCCUGUAUCCCCCUCUCAAUGAAUUUCAUUCACCCUCCUGUUGAGGUCACUCUCCUUAUAAAGCAAGCCUCUCAUCGCAUACACUGCUCCCUCCUCUCCCUCUAAAGCCUUGGCGUGGCUCCCAGGUUCCCAUCUGUGAUUUAUUUUUGGCGUCUGGGCCCGCAGUGAUCAAGAGGCAGAAACCAAAGAACAGCUAAUUGUCUUCCUUCUGAGGACAAAGUGGGCCCGGGGACGCUUCCCCAAUCGGCCCGCUCCUCUUCCUGGUCCGGCCCUGUCUCAGCCAUCGAGCAAUCUGGGCUCGAUUAUUGGAAACGUUCUCCGGACCUGGCCGGGAGGAUCUGUCCCCCGCGGAGCAGUGCUCACAAGUACGGCUGGAUUGAUAUCUUCCGGUGGGAAGAAGGGGACCGUUUUCUCUGGUAAGCCCAGUUGGCACCACCUUUUGAAGAACAGAUCAUGACCCGGGAUGAAGGGCUGCCAGACUCAAAUGCUGCCCAGGUGUUCUAUGAGAAAUAUGAGCCCAAAGAGAUCCUGGGGAGGGGCGUGAGCAGCGUGGUGAGACGCUGUAUCCACAAGAUGACCAGGGAGGAAUAUGCGGUGAAGAUUAUUGACAUCACCGCUGGCAGCCUGAACCCUGAGGAGAUCCAGGAGCUGCGGGAGGCCACCAUCAAGGAAAUCGACAUCUUGCGCAAGGUCUCCGGGCACCCCAACGUCAUCCAGCUGAAGGACACUUAUGAGACCAACACUUUCUUCUUCCUGGUGUUUGACCUGAUGAAGAAAGGUGAGCUCUUUGACUACCUUACUGAAAAGGUCACCUUGAGUGAGAAAGAAACCAGGAAGAUCAUGAGGGCCCUGCUGGAGGUGAUCUGCUACCUGCACAAGCUGGGCAUUGUACACAGAGACCUGAAGCCAGAAAACAUCCUCCUAGAUGAUGAUAUGAAUAUCAAACUCACUGACUUUGGAUUCUCCUGCCAGCUGGACCCUGGAGAGAAGCUUCGAGAGGUGUGUGGGACUCCCAUCUACCUGGCCCCUGAAAUUCUUGAGUGCUCCAUGAAUGACAGCCACCCUGGUUAUGGGAAGGAAGUGGACAUGUGGAGCACAGGUGUGAUUAUGUACACCCUCCUGGCUGGCUCCCCCCCUUUCUGGCACCGCAAGCAGAUGCUGAUGUUGAGAAUGAUUAUGAGUGGCAACUACCAGUUUGGCUCCCCAGAAUGGGAUGACCGAUCAGACACUGUAAAGGACCUCAUCGCCCAGCUCCUGGUCCUGAGCCCCCAGAAACGGUACACUGCUGAGGAAGCCCUGGCUCACCCCUUUUUCCAGCAAUAUGUGGUCGAGGAAGUCCGUCACUUCAGUCCUAGGGGCAAGUUCAAGGUGAUCGUCUUGACCGUGCUGGCCUCAGUCCGGAUCUACUACCAGUACCGGCGGGUGAAGCCAGUGACCCGAGAGAUAGUCCGAGAUCCCUACGCGCUGCGGCCGCUGAGGAAGCUCAUCGAUGCCUGUGCCUUCCGAAUCUAUGGACACUGGGUGAAGAAAGGCCAGCAACAGAACCGGGCCGCGCUCUUUGAGAACACUCCCAAGGCUGUGCUCUUCUCCCUGGCUGAGGAGGAAGGCUUCUGAGUGUCGUGGGGAGCCCAAAGCCCAGUGCUGCCUGCUCUGGCUGUGUGACUUAGGCUGAGUUACCUGCCCACUCUGGGCCUCAGGGGGCCCUGCUUCUCCCUGUCCCCGCCAGGGAUGUGGAGGAUCGGGGUAGAGCAUAAGGAGGCAACCCGAGGGAAGUGGUUCAGAGAUGAGUCCUGCUGCUGAGCCCACCCCUUGUGCUGGCUCUGACUCCUUCCCUGUUGGGUCUCCCAGGGGAGGAGCAGGGCAUUCCCUGGGCUCAAUCUGCAGGACCCAGUUGAAGGCCAAGGGCAAGGGGGACAUCAGGCUGCCUUUCUGCUCAGGCCUCUCUGAAUGAUGCUCCCUGAGGAGCCUGGGCCCCUCAACCUCUGCCCACCUCCAUUCUCCCCAGUGCUGCCAGAUAGCAUACAGUAGUAGAAAGUGCCCUGGAUUAGGGGUCUGGAAAGCCAGCCUCUAGUCUAGAUCCUGCAAUUGAUCAGUUGUGUGCCCUGGGGCCAGUCACUGUACCACUCUGAACCUCAGCUUCCCUCAACAGUCAAAUGAGGGGCUUGCAUAAGAUCAGAGCUUCCUAAUCUGGGUUCCACAGAGCCCAGGGGUUUGACACUAGGGAUUCCAUGAGAAAAUUUAAAUGCAAGUGCAAUUUCCCUCUCUCAAAUAUGAUACGCUGAGCUAAAAUAUGAAAUCUGUGCCUGAAAUAUAAAAUUAUAUAUUAUAAAUAUUAGUUGCUUUUUUUUUUGGUACAAAGAGGCUUCAUUUAAGCUAUUUUGCUCUAAAAUUUUCCUGAAUCCCCCCUCCUCAGCUCCUUUAUUCUCAGGGACUAUUUUAGAAUCUCAGACCUUAUUACUGCCACUCACUGGAACAUUAUUUUUGGGAAUCUGACAAUGAAUUUCAAGGCUUAAAUGAGUAGUUUGUAGCUAAAUUAGUUUGAGAAAUUAUGCACUCUAUGGUCUCCUAGGUUCAUCCUAUUUCCAACAGUUUGUGAUUCUUGUCUAUGAGCUCUGUGGCUCUUUAUUCAAUAGGCAGAUGGGUGUGUUUGCUACACCUGUGUUCAAAACUGGAGCUUGGGUUCCUUGAACUGGUGGUGGUCCUACUUCCAUAGGCAUGGAUCAUUCUUCAGCCAAAGUGUUCUUGACACAGUAGAACUGAGUGGGAGGUGGUGGUGAGGUGACAGAUGGGAUAGAAAAGUGAAGAAUGGCUGUCGUGUGUGUGUGUGUGUGUGUGUGUGUGUGUGUGUGUGUGUGUGUGUGUGUGGAGUAGCCAGGAAGGAGUUGACUUAGCUCCAUCUGUCCUUUGGAGCUGAGGCUUUGUUAGCUAAGGCAGUAUCCUUAGUUCUGGUAGACCAUAAAGGCAGAGGCUAGGGUGGUUUCUCACCUUUGCUUCUUGGACACUGCUCACAGCUUCCCAGGUAGACAGUCUGGCUGACACGAGGGUAAAACCCCAAGUUGUCCAUGGCAGCAGUCUAGAGUAGAGUCUAUCCUGUCAUCCGAGAAUGAGUGGAGAACAGUCAAUGGGUCAGGACCUGGGACAGCACUCCCACUCAAACCCUUGGUGUCCAAGCACUCUAAGGAUGAGGGAGGGAGUCAGGGAAGGAAGAUUCCAGUGUGGGAGAUUUUCUUCAUUGAGCUUUCUUUGUUUAUCAUCUUGAAGCUCAUCCUGGAGUCAGUAGUUUUGACAAUAGUUAACUAAGUUGUGUACCUUGGGCAAGCCUCUUUCUUUCUGUGAAGCUCAGUUUCCUCUUUUGUAAAAUGGUGAUGGUUGGCCUAGAGAAUCUCUGUUUCCUUCCUUUCCUUCCAUUCUAUGAUUCUGAAGUUCACGUGUAUCCGAACCAGAGUUCGGUCAGUAAUGGAACAGAUCAGACUAGACAUGACGCUGGUGUAGGCCCUCAUCACUUCAUGCCUACAUCAUUGCAAUGGACUACCUGUUGGUCUGUUUAAGUCUCUCCCACUCCAGUCUUUCCUCCACUUAGCUGUCCAAUUGAUUUUCCUAAAGCCCUAGUCUGACGAUGUCAUCUCCUAGUCAGUAAAAAUCAAUGGCUUCUUAAAAAGGAGCAAAUGUAAACACCUCUGUUUGGCUCAUAAAGCCCUUUCUAACCUGCUUCCUUCGACCUUUCUAGUCUUCUCACACCUGACAUUCCCCUCCCACCACAUACAGUACUCUGUGAUCCAGUGAUGCUGACCUCUUUGCUGUUCCUCUCUCAAGAGAAUCCAUCCCCCAACUCUGAACACCUCCUGGCUGUCUCCCAUGCCUAGAACUUUCUCCAUCUUCAUCUCCGCCUCCCUGGUUUCCUUCAGGGCACAGCCAAAGUUCCAUCUUCUGCAUUCAGCCAUUUCUGAUUCCCCUUAGUGCUGGUGUUAUCUCUAAUUUGUCCUGUAUGGGGUGUCCCAAAAGUCUUUCUUCAAUUUUAAGCUUUAAUAGCUUGAGACCAAGUUAAGGCUUUUGGGACGCCUUGUAUACAAAACACCUUGUUUUUAUUUGGUGGUUUGUUUGUUGGCUUCCAAAUUAAACUGUGAGCUCCUUGAGAGCAGGGACUGACUUUUGACUCUCUUUGUAUCCCUACCACUUAGCACUUAGUAGGACUUAAUAAAUACUAGUUGACCUACUGGGGGAGACCUGAGUUUGAAUCUUGCUUCCAACACUUAUUCACAGCAUGGUCACCGGUAAAAGGCCCUCAUUGUUCUACCUCUUAGUUUCCUCUAAACUGGGAAUGCUGGUAGUCCUUGUAAUUCCUGCCUCCCCAGGGUUGGCGUGAGGCUUACGGGGGGGGGGGAGCGGAGAGGGGAGGGGGACAUCUGGUACAGUGGUUCUCUAAGUGUAGUCCUCUGACUCCUGAGAUCUUUGAAGUCAAAACUAUUUUUCUAAUAAUAGUAAGAUGUUAUUUGCCUAUUAAAAUACUCCUCCCCUUUCUAACUACAUAUCUAUGAGAGGCCAGAUUUUCUUCAUAUACUUCAAUCAAAACCACAUAUCACAUUUCUUGCAAUCACAGCAAGAUCGAAUGCAGAGGCACAUAAGAGAAUACAGCUGUUUUCUAUUAAGCCAGCCAUUAAAGAGAUUUGCAAAAAAAAGGGUAAAACACUGCUAACUCUUCUCACUAGAUUUUCUUUGUUUUGGAAAAUACAAUUAUUUUUCAUAAAAUAUGUUAUGUUAACAUGU